AUGCGAUUCCUAAUUUUUUUAGUUCUUGCAGCAGCAGUCUGCACUGCCGUUCCAUAUGAAGAGUAUAUCCUAGCACCAGCCACUCGAGAUCUGAUCCCAGAAAGGGUGUAUCAAGUCAACGGCUCCAUUUCUAACCCCUCUGCUUUAACCAAUGCGAAAGGUGGGAAAGCGACUUUUCAUGGUGUCUCAUCCGUCACUUAUGACUUUGGGCGCAACAUCGCCGGCAUUGUCUCGGUGGACGUCAGCCGGGUCUCCUCGCAGGAUGCCUUCAUCGGCGUCACGUUCUCCGAAUCCAGCCUCUGGAUCAACAAUGAAGCUUGUGACGCGACUGCCGAUGCAGGCCUUGACUCACCCUUGUGGUUUCCUGUCGGACAUGGCUCGAGGCGAUACACCGCAGAGAAGAAACACAAUCGCGGUGCCUUUAGAUAUCUGACUCUCGUCACCAACACAUCAGCGACUGUUGUUGUUGAGAGCGUCCGGGUCAACUUCACGGCAGCUCCGACUCAGAAUCUCCGCGCGUAUACGGGCUACUUCCACUGCGACGAUGAAUUGCUCAAUCGCAUCUGGUACGCAGGCGCAUACACAAACCAGCUGUGCACCAUUGAUCCCAGCAUGGGGAAUGCGUUGCCUCUUCUAGGCACCAUUACCUCCAGCGACAAUAUCACCCUCCCAGAGACUGUCCCCUGGUGGAGCAACUAUACCAUCGCCAACGGGAGCAGCGUGCUCACGGACGGAGCGAAACGAGAUCGCCUUGUCUGGCCGGGGGAUAUGUCUAUUGCGCUGGAGAGCGUCGCUGUCAGCACGUAUGACCUGUACAGUGUGCGUGUUGCGUUGGAGUCACUCUUUUCAGUGCAACAGGCCGACGGCCGUCUUCCAUACGCCGGCAAACCCUUCUAUGACACCGUCAGCUAUACCUACCAUCUCCACAGCUUGAUCGGCGUGGCGUACUAUUACCGCUUCUCCGGAGACCUGAACUGGCUUGCCGCACACUGGAGCCAGUAUAAACGCGCCUUGCAAUGGUCACUGUCCAGUAUCGACAACACCGGGCUCGCCAACGUAACCGCCAGCGCCGACUGGCUGCGUUUCGGCAUGGGAGGCCACAACAUCGAAGCAAACUCCAUCCUCUACUUCGUCCUCCAGGAAUCCCUCCUCCUCGCAGCUACACUCAACGACACCGCCUCCUCCUCAACCUGGUCCAGCAUCGCAAGCACCCUUAAAUCCUCUGCCAACGCCAGACUCUGGGACCCAGCCGUCGGCCUCUACCACGACAACGAAACCACAACCCUCCACCCACAGGACGGCAACGCCUGGGCCCUAAAAGCCAACCUCACCCUGUCAUCAAACCAAUCAUCCACAAUCUCCACCGCCCUCUCCGCCCGCUGGGGGCCCUACGGCGCCCCAGCCCCAGAGGCAGGAUCCACCGUCUCCCCCUUCAUCACCGGCUUCGAGCUACAGGCUCACUUCCUCGCUGAUCAGCCGAGGCGCGCUCUGGAUUUGAUGCGGCGGCAGUGGGGAUUCAUGCUUGAUGAUCCGCGGAUGACGCAGUCGACGUUUAUAGAGGGGUAUAGUACGGAUGGGUCGCUGCAUUACGCGCCGUAUAGUAAUGAUGCGCGGAUCUCGCAUGCGCAUGGGUGGGCUACUGGCCCGACGGCUGCGUUGACGAUGUAUGUGGCUGGACUGCAGCUUGUUGGAGCGGGUGGGGAGAGGUGGCUUUUUAAGCCGCAGCCGGGGGAUUUGAGGGGUGUUGAGGCGGGGUUUGAGACUUCGCUGGGGAGGUUUGAGACGGAGUUCAAGAGAGGGGAGAAGGGGUAUACGAAGUUGGUGUUUACGACGCCGGAGGGGACAAGUGGUGAUGUGAGGAUUGAGGCGGAGGGGUUGUUGGUCUCGAGCAAUGGGACGAGGGUGAAGCUUGUUGAGGGGGUUGCUACGGGUUUGCAUGGUGGUACUUGGAGCUUGAAGAGGGCAUAG